CCGAUUCUUCUCAAUUUCAUCGCCCCCAAAUUCGAAUCGCGAUGGCAGAGAAGAAGAGGAGGGGGACGGUGGCUCAGCGGGUGGAGGAGGAGACGGAGCUCCAAGCCGCCCGCGAAGCCGGCGUGCUCUGCGUCAACCACUGCGGGUUCCCCGGCAACCCCGCCACCGGCAACAUGUGCCGCUCCUGCUUCCUUGCCUCAGCCUCCCCCCUGCCCAGUUCCUGCUCCGCCGGAUCCACCCCUCCGAUCCUGUCUCCCUUGCCGGCGCCGGAGGAGAAGAACGAGACCGUGGCGGCGCCAGCGAUGCCGCCGCCGCCGACGAAGGAGGUGAAGCGGUGCUUGGUGUGCUCGAGGAGGGUGGGGCUGACGGGGUUCCGGUGCCGGUGCGGGGAGCUGUUCUGCGGCGAGCACCGGUAUUCCGACCGCCACGACUGCAGCUUCGACUACAAGGCGGCUGCCAGGGACGCGAUCGCCCGAGCGAACCCCGUCGUCCGGGCAGCCAAGAUCGCCAGGAUCUAAGAUAUAUCCUGGAAAAUUGUUCUAGAUUUCCUUCGGCGAAGCAAAAAAUCUCAAAGAUGUCAAAUUGUAUCCGAAUUCAAUGAUUUAAUAUAUGUACGAAUCGUGAAAAUAUACCCAUUGAUUGUUGUGAUUUAA